AAAUCCUAAAAAAAAAAAAAAAAAAAGAAAGACACCUUUAUGUAGCAUUGAUAGGAAUUGUAAAAUGGUCCAAUCACUGUGGAAAAUGGUAUAAAGCAUUUAAUGUAGAUUAAAAAGAUAGACAGAUAAACAGAUAUAAUUAUCAUAUGAUCCAGCAAUUUUUAGUUUUUGGCAUAUACACAACGAAAUUUAAAGCUGACUCUAAAGGAGAUAUUUUUAUACUCAUGUUCAUUGCAGUAUUAUUCAUAAUAGCUAAAAUAUGGAAGCACUCAAGUGUUUACUGAAUGACAAAUAAAUAAGCAAAAUGCAUAAAAUACAUAAAACAAAAUAUUAUUCAGUCUUGAAAAUGAAAGAAAUUCUGGAAUAUGCCACAAUAUGACUGAUUCUUCAGGGCAAUAUGCUAACUAUAGGAUUCUACUUAUUUUAGAUAUCUAGAGUAGUCAGAUUCAUAGACAGAGAAUAGACUGUGGUUUUCACAGGCUGGAAGGAGGAGGGGUUGUUUAUCAUUGUUAAAGUAACUGAGGCUGGGUACUGUAUAAAGUGCAUAGUUUAUAUGGCUCAUGAUUCUGGUGGCUGAAUGGUUCAAUGGCAUCCUAGUUUGUUUUCUCUGGCUGCAUAACAAAACGGCAGAGAAACAGAAAGGGAACUAUCCGCAUGUAGUUAUGGCCAAGCACAUGUGGUAUUGUAGCCUGUUUCUAACCACCUGCUCUUGUGAGAACUAACUCACCAUAGGAGACCAAAGGCAGCACUACCAUGACAUAAUCACGAUACGCUAGGGCCACCUCAUUAAAGAUUCCAUUACUUCAUUUCCACAAUGGGGACCAAGUUUCCAACACAUGAAUCUUCAUAGAACUCACUGAAACCAUGUCCAAAGUAUGGCAUGGAGUUAUAUGUUUAAUGGGUAUAUGGUUUCAGUUUUAAAAGAUUGGAAAAAUAUCUGGAAAUGAGUGGUGGUUAUCACUGCAAAUUGUCAUGAGUUUUUUUUGUUUUUGUUUUUUAAUUUUUGCCCUACCUCUCGGACCCACGGCAAACUGAGGUUCCUGAGGAGGGGCCGCGGGAGUGGUCUGCAGGGAUCUUCACCUGUGCCCAGCUUGGCUCCUGGCCCAGGUGUCUUCCAGGGUCAGGAGCCAGUGCUAGGCCAGCCUCUGGUUUGGUCACUACCACUGUGGGCCCUGGGUCCUGGCAAUACCCGCCCAGGGAUGGCCUAGGAACUGGUCAGAUUACCUCUGUGAAAGGUGCCUCUGCUUCAGCAAGAGCAGGUAGGGGUGGCGAGGAAGGGGUCUGGGGAGCCGCCCACGCAGCUCGAGCUCUGGAGAGGUGCUCCUGGACUGAGCUGCACCUGUGGUUGGUGUCAGUGGCGACAGGUGUGUGUCUAGAGCAGCCAAGGGAGAUGUGUCUGGCAGGGUCUAGGCAGGGAGGGGUCACCCAACACGCCCUCUAUGCGGAGAAUGGAAUGGGCGGGUGCGGGGUGGGGCGGUGGUUCCCGGGAUAAAACUGGACCGGCAGGGUAAGGGCAGGCGGCCAGGCCUGGGCCCACAGCCCAACAAAGAACAAAGGAGGGGGUGCAGGGCCUGUCCGUGCUGGCGCCCAGCGCAGGCGCCUUCAUCACUGCGGGGCAGGAAGGCCGGAUCUGGGCUUUCCCCGGAGGCGCCGAGGGGUCCCCCGCGGAGCCCCUCCUAAGGCCCCUCCCUCCGCCGAGGUCCCUCCCCUGGGCUUCCUGAACGGGAGCCAAGUUCCCUCUCAGAUGCCUAGCAAGGGAGUGGCCCCCGGGUCCGCAGGACUUGGGUGUACCAGCCCGCAAGGUCCUCAGCACACUGGCGUCAGGGGGAACCUGCCCCAGCCCAGACCACCCUGCCAGACCGCGCGUCCGGGUCCUAAGAGACCACCUGAAGAAGAUGCAGUUAACAUGUGGAAAAUGAUUGCCUGGAACCCAGUUAGUGCCAUUUUGGAUGAGGAAUGUGUAAGUGGAAAUGGAUUAUACAGAACAGAGAAAGAAGCGAAUUCCCCUGUGAACAACACUGAAAACCAGGUUGAUACCACUAAUGCAACACAAGUGGUAGGCAAAAACAUCUUCGAGGCUAUGACCCAGCUGAGUUUAACUACGCAGAAAACCAUGGGUGCCCAACCCAAUGUUCCACUGAAGCUUUGCCCUCGAAAUCAUUUCCAUAAACUGAAGAAAGAAAGGUUAGAUGAGAUCUAUCUAGCGACGGAGAAGGAAGGUCGAACACACCUGGCCUUCAUCAUCUGCAACAAAGAAUUUAGAUAUCUUCCUAAUCGAGAUGGUUCCGAGACUGACCUUUUGAACAUGAAAGAUCUACUUGAAGACCUUGGAUAUUCUGUGAUUAUGAAGAAUCUCACUUCUCAGGAGAAGAAAACAGAACUAAUGGAGUUUGCUGCCUGGGGAGAACACCAUUCCUCAGACAGCACAUUCCUGGUGUUCAUGUCCCAUGGCAAUGAGAACGGAAUCUGUGGGACGGAGCACAGAGAUCUAGAGCCAGACAUUCUUUGUGAUGACAACAACUUCAAUAUUUUCAAUAACUGUAACUCCAACAGUCUCAGAAACAUAAGGGUCCUCAUCAUGAGAGCCUGCCAAGGCGGUGAGGCUUCAGCUGGACCCCAGGGAGAGGUCCUGAAUGGUUUUCCAUUCAGCAGGCGUCCGGCGCUCACAUUUCCAGGUAUGGAAGAAGGAAGCAACGUGGUAGUACUAUUCUUAAACCUGGUCCAGAGAAAAACUGUAUGCAGUUUAUACCAUUAUAAUAUUUCUUGGAGAACUGGCACACAUGGGUGUCUCUUCAUUUCCCAACUUACAUUCUGCUUCAAAGAGUAUUCUUGGUGUUACCAUUUGGAAGAAAUGUUUCAAAAGGAAAGCAGUAGAAGAUGGCCCA